UAUGAAUCCUGCACUGUAAAUAUCAAGGCAACCUUAACUUCCCAACAUAUUGCUGCGAUCAUUUUCCAAAUGGAAGCGUUUAGCACGACUCAAUCCUCCUCUGCUUCCACGUCUCUUCUCAAUUUUCAGGGGCCUCAGUUGGCUAAAAGAAAGUUUAGUAAGAAUUCUCAACACACUAUUUUGGCAUCACCUACGCUACCUAAACCAUUUCUUCAGAUUUAUGGUAGACCUCAGACAUUAAUUUAUACGUCAACGAGAAUUACUUCUGGAGCACACAGAGCAGCAAUAUCGGCUGAAGCUGGACGACAAAAUUGGGAUUUUGGAAGAUUUGUAAAAACACUAUACUUCUUCAAUGGGUUUCCAUCUCCUGCUAAGUUCUUUGACUUUCUAGUUGAGAAACUUUCUGGUCCUUCCCCGAGUGUAAUGGUUAACACAAUUAGAACUUCUGAUAUUGUCCUGGUAGCUGGAGCUACUGGUGGCGUUGGUCGAAGAGUAGUUGACAUACUGCGGAAGAAAGGAAUUCCCGUCCGAGUAUUGGUUAGAAAUGAAGAGAAGGCAAGGAGAAUGUUAGGCUCAGAUGUUGAUUUGGUUAUUGGAGACAUUACAAAAGAUAGCACUUUGAUCCCUGAAUACUUUAAAGGCGUGAAGAAAGUGAUUAAUGCUGCUUCUGUUAUAGUUGGCCCUAAGGAAGGAGACACUCCAGACAGAGCAAAGUACAGCCAAGUAUGUCCAUUAGAUUUAUUUGGACAAACAAAUUCGAUUUUUCUUACACAGUAAUUACUGCUUAUCUUUCACUGAGAACUAGGUGUAUAAUCUACUAAUGAUUCUAUUUGGACAAAUUUUUCCAUAAAUACUUACAAAAAAGUCAGUAGAAAAGAAUGAGAUAAACUUCUUUCAUAUGCUAAAAUUAGGUUAUGAAUAUGUUAGGAAAUUAACUUAUGCAUAAGAUAAUUUU